UUAGGGAGGGCAUUGUAAUUAUCCCGAAUUAUAACUACUAAUAUUAUAGGGUGGAAAAUUAUAAUAGUAGUAAAUGUAAGGAUCAAAGUAAAAUUUUCCAAUUUUCUACUGCACCUCUGGUUGUGUGUCAAUCGGAGUAAUCUCGGUCGCCAAUUCUGUCACCCAAAUCCUGAAGCAGGGGCUCGAAGAAUCAAGACUUUGUCAAUUCCGAAUCUCUGAUUGUUCCUUCGAUGACUGCACCGCAAAUGGACCCGCAAUACGAACAAAGGCUCAGAGACGAGAUCAUUUACCUUCACUCCCUCUGGCACCAAGGCCCCCCUACAGCAGCCGCGCCCGUCUCCUCCACCGCCGUUCGCCACCAGUUGCAGCCCGCAAAAGCAACCCAAUUCAAAAAAGAGACGAAACGUAGAGGCGAAAGUGGGAAAAAGUCCACGAAGAAGCCCAACAACGCCACCCCAGAAUCUAAAUCAUCUCCCUGGACUGAAUGGCCGUGCCCCACCCCUCCACCGCCGGAUUCCGCCACCGGAUGGCCCAGUCUGGAAGCAAAAUCCGAUGCGAAGACGCUCUCGCUCUCCCCCGAAGAACAGUCGAAAUUGGCUGCAAAACGUGCCCACCAGCAUGCCGUCAAGGUUGUCCAUGAAUUCUUUAUGAGUAAUAGCGCUGAUGAUUCUGAUGGAAUUGAUAGUAGUAGCGAUGAGGAUGACGAAUUGAUGGAGGAAGACGAUGGGCGCAAGGAGUACAAUUUUUUUUUAAAGGUGUUUAAGGAGGAUGCCGUGUUGAGGGGGUAUUAUGAGAAGAAUUUCGCUAAAGGGAAAUUUAGUUGUCUGGUGUGUGGUGCUUUGGGGGGAAAGAAAACAGGAAAGAAGUUUAAGGGUUGCCUGCCUCUCGUGCAACAUUCGUUCACCAUUGCCAAGACGAAUAAGAAGAAAGCGCAUAGGGCAUUUGGGCAAGCUGUUUGUAAGGUUCUUGGUUGGGACAUUGAUCAGCUUCCUGCCAUUGUUUCUUUGCUCAGUGAUAAAUCCAGCGAGACUCUGGGCAAUGUCAUUAGUGAAAACAAGGAUAGCUCAACAAAUAUCGUGAACAAUAAUGAUUCUAUAGUAGGUAAUAAUGGCGAAGGAGUGCCAGAACGUGGUUCUAUUGCUACUGGAACUUUGCCCAACUGUGAGGAAGGAGAUAUGAAUUCCAUGAUGUGUCCUGAUGCUGGUAAAAACUCAGAAGAUAUUGGCAUGGUGCAUCUGCAUAAUGCGGAGGAGCCUGCAGCAGAGGAGUUAUCUAGCAUGAAUGAUUCUUUGACGUGUCCUGAUGCCGAUAAAAACUUGGAAAAUCCUGGCAUGGUACAUCCACAUAAUAUGGAGGAGCCUGCAGCACAGUGGUUGACUAGUAAUUCUUUGACGAGGCCUGAUGCUGAUAAAAACUUGGCAAAUCAUGGCAUGCCAGAUCCAUGUAACUCACAGGAGCCUGCAGUAAAGGGGUCGACUAGUGUGCCUCUCGAUGGAAAUAAUGGUAUCGGUAAUGAAACGCAAGAUCUGCAGAUGGGCAAUGGCGUGCUUCAUGGAAAUUACGGUGACGGUAACGAAAUGCAAGAUCUGCAGAUGCGCAAUGGCAUUCUUGGUGGAAAUAAUGGUGUUCGUAACGAAAUGCAAGAUCUGCAGAUGGGUAAUGGCGUUCUUGACUGUCCAGACGGUGUCGGUAACGAGAUGCAAGAUCUGCAUAUGGGCAAUGGCGUUCUUGACGGUCCAAAAGAAGAUAAUGAAAUCAAAACUUGAGAGUUUAAUUCUCUCUCUCCGUGUGGUUUGGUACAGAUUUAGAACUUUCAAGUUUUAACCAGCUGAUUGAUGAUAAGCUAUAGGCUAUAGUAGUCUAUGUGUGCACAUUGGAAUUACCAUAACUAUGUUAUGAAACAAUGAACUGAUACAACAACCUGACGUCCCUUUAGAAGCAAAGGAUAGUUUUAGAAUUUCCAAAUACUUCCUCCUUCUUUUUGUGUUAGGAGGCUAUCUAUUCAAAUUUGUAUAGAAUAGGAAUUU